AUGUACACGGUGGCUGCUGACCCCGGUUAUGGUGCUGGUGCAGGCCGAAGGUCCACGCUUAGUGCGGCUGCCGAAGGCAAACGGUUAGCGGAGCAGCUUGUAGCGAGCUUCGCCAUGUCAGCAGACCCCAUCGCUGACGCGGGAGAAUGCCUCGCCUCCGCCACGCUCUGGCUCCAAACCAUGAAGUCGCGCAUGAACAUCCCGGGGGGCGGCGGCGACCCUUCCGCCGCCGCCGUGAACAACGCGGCAAUGGCGGCGGCGGCCGCGUACGGUUACGCACCCGCAGGUCCAGUGGGAGGCGAUCAAGCGGGAAUGGCGUACUUCUACCAGCCUGCGCCCGGGGGAUACGUGCAGAUGGGCGGGAUGCCGCAGUUUGCGGCCAUGGCGGCUGCGCCUGCGCCCCGGCCUCCGUCUGUGAAGCCCAUCCCCGCUAAUAUCAGCUUCGAGGAUUAUAAGGAUCGCCCGAGUGACUUCCUCAGGGAGUUUGGCGAUCCAGCAGCUCUGCAAUCGCAGCGGGGGCUGAAUCACACUCGCCCCGUGGUGGGAGUAAACGGCAACUGGGCCUGCUCCUCGUGCCAAAACGUCAACUUCCCUCGCCGCCACAGCUGCCACCAGUGCGGCACCAAGAGGAGUGAAGAGGGGGAGGAGAUAGUGCGGAACUAUGUGAAGCAGCUGAUUGAAGAGUCGAAGAAGCAAGGCGGGGUUUAG